CAGGUGUUUUCCUUGCAGGGAAAGCUGUGUCACUCCUGGCUAUCAGGUGUUUCCCCUCACAGGAGGAGCUGUGUCACCCCUCGCCGUCAGGUGUUUUCCCCCACAGGGAGGAGCUGUGUCACCCCUCGCUGUUAGGUAUUUCCCCUCACAGGCAGAGCUGUGUCACCCCUGGCUGUCAGGUGUUUCCCCUCCCAGGAGGAGCGAUGUUUCCCUCUGCCGCUGUCGGCCGUUCGCUCCUCACACUCGGGGCUCUCUUCGGGGUGCCGUGGCCCGCCCCAUUUUCACGUGAGGCGGCCGCUUGGGCGGUAAGCUUGAGCCUCUCGCGCUCCCGUCCGGGCGCCGCUUGUCCGCGAAGCACCGGCGGCUGCCGCAGCGGCUCUUCCUUCGCUGCUGCCAUGUCCGCCCCGGCCAAAGUCUCCGGCGCACUCAAAUCCGUGGAUUACGAAGUGUUCGGGCGGGUGCAAGGUGUUUGUUUCAGGAUGUACACAGAACAGGAAGCCAAGAAAUUAGGAGUGGUUGGCUGGGUGAAAAAUACCAGCCAAGGAACUGUGACAGGCCAAGUUCAGGGCCCAGAAGAGAGAGUGAAUGAAAUUGUGAUACUGAUGACAAAUGAGAAAAAGCAGAUCCUGAAUUGGUGAUGGAUCAUGUCCUGCAGUCUGUCUGUGGAGGUUUUGUAUCCUAGCAGGAAAUCCUGGCUGAGCAAAGUUGGAAGCCCAAGUUCCCGCAUCGAUAAAACAAAUUUUUCCAAUGAAAAGGAGAUCUCCAAGCUUGACUUCUCGGAUUUCAACACUAGAUACUAACAGGAGGGCACCUCACUAAGCACAAAACUGACAUUUCUGCUGCAUGAUAUUUUCUGUGCCUCCAUCAAAUGUUACAAGAGCAUUGGGAUGCUUUUCUGUACUAGGGAUAAACAUAAAUGCUCCCUGUUCCCACCAAGUAAGAAUUCCUGUUGCUGUGUUAGACAUCUUGCACCAUGAAUGUCAACAUUUAGUGUCUAAAAUGCCAAUAUCUAAUUUAUUGCAGCUUUGAAAGACAGAUAAAAGCUUAGAAGUGCUGGUGAUUAUUUGUGCACAAUGAGACUUGUUACAUACAACCAGAUGGCACCUAAUCUUUACACUGUGAGUCAUAUUUAGAUGAAAAAUAAUAAAUUUAUGUUCUACUGUUUGUAAUCUCACCAAAAAUACAUACUUACAGAACUGGAACACUUAAGAGUUCUCUGAAAUAAGCCUGUUAUAGACCAGGCUCUAUGUGACAAUAAGGUUAUAGUGGUAAAUUAAAAUAAAUAUGUUGUUUCAAACUAGGAUUAUCUAACCAGCCCUGGUUUAAAAUUCUCCAUAAUAAUUCAGAUAAAUCUUGUUCCAAGGUGAUGAAAUGUGUGUUUUUUUCCUUGUCUAUCUGUAGCUUGCAUCCAUGCUGAUUAUAAAGGAUGUUUUAAUCUCUUU